AUGACCGUUGGCGUGGUGCGCUCCUGCGACGCGCCUUCCCCCGCUCCGGUGGCGUCGGUGGUGGAUGGAGGGGGAUCCCCGACGCCAGGGCUGCCGGGCUGCGGCGAGGAGGGGUCGCCCCUGGCUGGUGCGGGCUCGUCCGCCGUGGGGGGAGGGUGUGGGGCGCGUGCUUGGGGUGGGCGGUUCUGGCUUCUCGGGGCGGAUGCUGAGGUGGGCGCCGAGGAGGAAUCUGAUGGAGAGGGCGGGCCUCAGGGCGGCGCCGCUAGCCCAGGGAGAGGGGCGGCCGCCAAUGAGGGGGUGGCUGUGACCAGGCGCACGGCGGCGGGGCCGAACAGGGUGGCCAUGGGGGCCGGCGGGGGAUCCCUGCGGGAGAAAGAGACGAGAGGUGCGGAGACCGGAAGAUCCAUGGAGGGGAGAAGGGUGGAGGCAGAUGGGGCGAACAAGCACCAGGGGUGGAUGCCGGACUUAGAAUAUUCGGAGGGGGGAGGAAAGUCAACGUACGGCAACUGGAUCGAGAUCGAGCCGAGCUCGGGCCGGAGGACGGCGGCAGAGGCGCGCCGGCGGGAAGAGGAGGGAGGAGGCCGGAGCAGAGGGAUGCGCUGGGGGGGCGGCACCGGCCGGGAACGGUGGGAGGUCGCCGGCGGGCGGUGCACGGCGCCGGAGGAGCUGCGGCGGCGGGACCCACGGCGGAGCACGGGGCGGCGGCCAUGGCGGCGGAGACGCGGGCCGUCGCGGGCGGCCGCGGAGGUGGCCCCGGCGGGCGCUGCGGCGACGGAGGGACGGCGCGCGCCGGCGGGGUGGCGGCGGAGCGCGCCGGGCGGCGGCGACGCGGACGGGCGGCCGCGCGGGCCUGGGCGGGCCGCGGCGGCGGGGACGCGCGCGAUGGACAGGUGGCGGCGGCGGAUUCGCGGAGGACGGCGGCUGGACGUGUCCGACGGCGCGAGGGGAGCGAAGCUAGGGUUAGGGUGGAAUUCAUCCGACUUAGAAUAUUCGGAGGGGGGAGGAAAGUCAACGUACGGCAACUGGAUCGAGAUCGAGCCGAGCUCGGGCCGGAGGACGGCGGCAGAGGCGCGCCGGCGGGAAGAGGAGGGAGGAGGCCGGAGCAGAGGGAUGCGCUGGGGGGGCGGCGCCGGCCGGGAACGGUGGGAGGUCGCCGGCGGGCGGCGCACGGCGCCGGAGGAGCUGCGGCGGCGGGACCCACGGCGGAGCACGGGGCGGCGGCCAUGGCGGCGGAGACGCGGGCCGUCGCGGGCGGCCGCGGAGGUGGCCCCGGCGGGCGCUGCGGCGACGGAGGGACGGCGCGCCGGCGGGGUGGCGGCGGAGCCCGCCGGCGGGGAGGCGCGCCGGGCGGCGGCGGCGCUGGGAGGCCGGAGGCGACGAGGCGGACGGGCGGCCGCGCGGGCCUGGGUGGGCCGCGCCUAG